CACUCGGCCGGCAACUCGGUUUGUUUACUGUUCAAAAUGAGCAGCAGAUCAAGCAAAGUGGGCAAUAAGCGCCGCAACGCAGCAGGACAGUCGCUCAAUUUGGUUGAGUUUAGUUUUCUGGAUCACAAGGCGACGCUGCGCGGUCUGCUGCUAACGAAAGGCCGCCACCAGCUGAGCCUCGUCGAGAACGAGUCGGACUUUUGGAAGUUUGUCAACAAAUAUGAAUCCAUGCUGCGUAGCAUUGGGCAGCCGGUGCUGCCACCGCUGCUCACCAAUUUUGAGCACACACAGCCGCAGCCAUAUCACAAGGGCAAGCACCUCUCACUGCAGCUGGACGAGGAGGCGCUACGGCGUGACAACAGCAGCAGUAGCAGCGAUGAGCUGCAGUCACAAUUCCUGCAGUUGGUGCUCAUCUACCUGGACUUUAAGCAAAAAGAAAAAUUCAAUCGCAUCAAGAAAUUGCGUCAGGCCCAACGUGCGCUGCCCAUUGCACGGUUCAAGGAAGAUUUGCGCAGCUCGCUGGACGUGUCGCGUGUCCUCAUUGUUGCAGGCGACACGGGCUGCGGCAAGUCCACACAGGUGCCACAGUUUCUGUACGAGUUCGGCUAUCGCAGCAUAGCCUGCACCCAACCGCGUCGUCUAGCGUGCGUGACGCUAUCAAAGCGUGUGGCGCACGAGCUACUGGAUGACUAUGGCAGCAAGGUGGGCUUCCAAAUCCGCUUCGAGCGCAACAAGACGCAGAAUACACACAUUUUGUUCAUAACGGAAGGAUUGCUGUUGAGGCAGUUGGCAGUGGCCGCCAAUCUGGAACAGUACGAUGUCCUCAUUUUGGACGAGAUCCAUGAGCGCAAUCUCUUUGGUGAUUUCUUGCUGGGCGUGACCAAGUGUCUGCUGCGCGCAAAGCCGCAGCUUAAGCUUAUACUUAUGUCGGCUACCAUCAAUGUGGAGCUGUUCCAUAACUUCUUCAAGGAGGAGGGCGCACGCCUGCUGCAGGUGCCCGGCAGACUGUUUCCUAUCAAGAUGCGCUACAUGCCGCCCCCGGCGCUGGAGCUAAAGGCAGGUCAAGCCACAGCAACGGGCAGCAAGCGUUCUCAAGGUGCGCGUUUCGAUCCGGCGCCAUUUGUUCAAGUGCUCUCUCUCAUCGACCAACAGUAUCCGAGCACGGAGCGUGGCGAUGUGCUCAUCUUUGUCAGCGGCGUCAAUGAGAUCGACAGUGUUUGCGAGGCCAUUAAAGAAUAUGCCAAGGAACAAAGCUGCUGGUUGGUGCUGCCGCUCCACAGCGGACUCGCCCUCGCCGAGCAGGACAAGGUCUUUGACUAUCCGCCAGAUGGCAUGCGCAAGUGCAUCGUCUCCACGAACAUUGCCGAAACGUCGCUGACCGUGGACGGUGUGCGCUUUGUCAUUGACUCCGGCAAGGUGAAGGAGAUGAGCUACGAUGCCAGCUGCAAGGGACAGCGGCUCAAGGAGUUCUGGGUAUCCAAAUCAUCGGCGGAGCAGCGCAAAGGUCGUGCCGGACGUACAGGACCAGGCGUUUGCUUCCGAUUGUUCACACAGCAACAGUUCGAUGGCUUCGAGGCGUAUCCCACGCCGGAGAUCAAUCGCGUGCCGCUGGACACAAUGCUUCUGCAAAUGGUAUCCAUGGGACUGCCGGAUGUGCGCGCCUUUCCCUUUGUCGAGUCGCCCGAAGCGGAGCGCAUCGAGCUAACGAUACUGGGACUCAAGCAGCAUUGCGCACUCAGCGUGGAUGAGAAGAUCACGCCGCUGGGCAGCUCGCUGGCCAAUCUGCCCGUAGAGCUGCCCAUUGGCAAGAUGCUGCUGAUGGGUUGUGUCUUCCCCGAAGUGGAGCAGCUGCUUACACUGGCCGCCAUGCUGAGCGUACAGAAUCCAUUGACGACACGUGCCCACAUGGAUCAGCGAUGCGAACGCGAACGUCAGCCUCUGGAAUCGGAUCAGGGUGAUCUGUUCACGCUGCUGCGUGCCUAUCGCAACUGGCUGCAGCUGAAGAUGGGCCUUGAGAAUACGCGCAAGUGGUGCCAUCGGCUGGGCAUUGAGGAGCAGCGCUUCUAUGAGGUAUGCAAGCUGCGUCACCAAUUCCAGCGCAUACUCGAAACGUGCCGCAUGGCGCCGCCAACUGCCGCCAGCUGCUUGACCAGUGCAGAGCGAGCCCAACGCCAUGGCGAACUACGUCAACUGAGGGGGCUGAAGCGUCGCCAACGCUUCGAACAGCCGCGUCAGCGCAAGCUGCUCAAACAGCAGCAUCACGACCAGCUGGAUGAGGAUGAUGGCCAGGGCGACGGUGAUCCCAGCGAGGAUAUACGCGAUGUUGACUUUCGGCUGCGCCACGAUGCACGCCAAUUGGCGCUAUUGGAACGCUCGGCGCAUGUGGAGCGUCAUCGGGAUGUUAUGCUGCUAAAGUUGCUGCUCGUCAGCGGCUUCUAUCCACAGCUGGCCAUCGCGGAUGAGUUCAACCACUGCAAGGGCGGCGGCCAGCAAUUCUUUCACACUCAACUCAAGCCGUUUCUUUCGCUCCAUCCCAAUUCGCACUUCGCCAAGUGCUAUGAGCUGCUCAAGCUCGCCGACAGCGAUCUGCAUUUGAAGCCAUCUUACUACACGCCCAAGCAACCGCUCAGCGAUCGCCAUCAGCUGCUCUGCUAUCAAUCCCUACUGGAGACGGCCAAGCCGUAUCUGAUGAACUGCAUCCGGUUGCCGGCAGCACAAACCCUGCUACUGUUUGGCUAUGCCAUCGAUACCAACCUGGGCGUUUCGCGCAUCGUCUGCGAUGGCUGGCUAGGCCUCGAUUUUCCACAGCCAGGCAGUGGGCUCCAGUUGCUUAGUCGCGCCAUUGAGCUCCGACAACGCUGGAGCAGCCGACUCUAUGCAAAACUAAAUGAGCUAAACAACAGCAAGGAGUCGGCAACAGCGGGUUCGGCUCCAUCGAUUGCUUUGAGUGAUGGCAGCGACACACUCUGGCAUGAUCUGCUGGAUUUUAUGGGUCUCGAAGUGGCCUAUAGCAUAAGACGACUGCUGCCUGCCGAUCUGAAGGUAUUGUAUACCCGUUGUCCGCCGCCGGAGCGCUUAGAGGCGCUGCCAACGAAUCCGUUUGCCGCCGAUUAUCCGCUAAGUGCGAACAGCGAGAAGGGCGGUCUGAAUGUCUCUGAGCACGUCGUCUACGGCUGCCUGGCCGAAUUGCCCUGGACACUGGCCAUGGAGGCAGCAUUGCUGGAUCAACCGUGGCACUGUGCCCAGUGUGACUUUCAGCUGGAGCAGUUCGUUGUGCCCGAUCAGCUGGAGCAUCGCCUCCAAUGUCCAGGACGACGCAGCAAGGAAAAACGUCGUCUGACCACGCCCGAACCGGAAAGCAUGGAAAAGGCGAGCACUUCACGUGAUGGCGCCAACUAUCACUGCGCCAGCUGUGGCCGGCAUCUGAAACUGUCCCACAUCGAUAUAUUGCGCCAUCGUCGCACCUGUGUAAAGUCUGCUUGAUUUUUAGCUGUGCACAUCUUCUCUGUGAAUCGAUACGAAUAAAUUAUAUUCAAUAAAAAAAAAAACUCAUUUCAGCGAAUACACACAAAUAAU